UUGAAUUAUUUCAUUCCUUGCGAAAUUUUACACAGUGCAGAUGUUUCUAAAGCCAUACAGACCCAAGAGCAGUGCGGCCCUAAAGGGUUCGGAGAGCAAGAAGUUCCGACAGCGCCUGGAGUUGGCCUUUCCCAAUAUUUCCGUGGAUCAGCUGGUGCCGGCAAAGGCUGCUGUCACGCACGUAAAGAUUCUCACCCAUGGCGGUGUCCAGAGCAUUGUCUACUGCGUGGACAGGCAGCCCAUGUUCUUUGAGCUGGAUGGCGGACAGCUAGUGCCCACAUUAUACGCAAUGUGGAUCAUACCCAGCAUUUUGCCUUAUUACACGACCCACGAAGGCGUCCUGCCAAAACUCACCAAUGGCGCCGACCUGAUGCUGCCGGGAGUGGUUCCACUGGGCGUUGGAUUGAGCAUGUACGGACACUACAAGAAGGGGCAGUUGAUGGCCGUAAAUCUAACCAACAACAAGUCGGCGGUGGGUGUGGGACAGUUGGCCCGUUCCAGUGAUGACCUGUACAUGUGCGGUGGCCAUGGAGUGGCCGUCAAAAUGUUGCAUUUAUUCGGCGACAAACUCUGGGCCCAUGAACCCAGUUUGGUGCAACAAAUACCGCUGGUGAGGACCAAAGCCCUGUCGACCGAUGAUUUUCCUGCCCUCGGCGCUGAGGCGGAACGAAAGAAGACACCAAAGGCAGAAGUUUCGGAGGCGCCUGCAGCUCCAGACACCUUUGCAUCUGUGACACAGGCAACGGACGGAGAGGAGCUAGAGUCCGGCACCGCUUUAUUGUCUCUGGCUGAGGAAGAUGACCACGAUCACGCGGACACAGCGCCGGCAGCAGAAUCUAAUGAAGUGACGCCCGAGUAUAUACUAAGAAACGCCUUUCUGUCUGCACUGAAGAACAAUGGAAAGAAAUUGCCACUGCCCCUGCUGACCAGCAACUUUUACCGACUCUACGUGGUGAAUGAGGCGGCCGAACAGAUCGAUCUGAAGAAGACGCGCUACAAGAAACUGUCCAACUUCCUGGCCGAUAUGGUUGACCAGGGCUUCAUUGUUGUGCGAGAGGAGAGCAAAGGCGUGGAUAAGAUUAUUUCGGUGGAUCUGGAGCACCCCGAGCUGGUCAAUUUCAUAACAGAUGUGAAGGAAAACGAAGCGAACGGAGCUGCGUCCGAGACGCCCCUGUUUCACUCGGAACUGAAGGAAAUGUACAUAGUGUCGGAUGUCACGGCGGCCUUCUUCACGAAAAUGAACUUCAAACGCGGCGAGGGCAUCCCUGUGGGUCAGGUCAAAAAGAUUGUGCGCGAGUAUGUGGCCAAGCACGGACUGCAAGAUGUGAAAACCAAGCUGGUGCGGCCGGAUGAGACACUGCAGGAGCUGUAUGGCAAUCGGGAGGGCACGCUCAGCGAGGUCUGCUCCCUCAUAACCAGCAAAAUGGAGCACUCAUAUCAGAUGUGUAGCGGCAAGGACACGAGUGGCAAGCCCAUGAUACAGAUGUCACUGGCCACGCGCUCCGGCAACAAGAAGGUGACGCUGGUGAGCAACAUCGAGGCCUACGGCAUCAUCCUGGCCGAAUUCAUAAAACUGUGCAAGCAGGGAGCCGCUGCCAGCACCAGUAUUGUCAAGUUGCCGCAUCAGAAGCUCGAGCAGCUGCAGAUCCAGGGCAACCAGGUGCGUUUUGUGUACACGCUACUCACGGAAACAUACAAGGUGCCUCCCAAGUGCAUAUUGGGUCUGGAGCUGGCAAAAGAUGGCAAAAAGAACAAGAAGAAGUGAUGUCUGACAAUAAAUAACGCGUAUGCCGCCGUUGGAGCCCA